GAGACUUCCGUGCCCUCCCCCGAAAGCGCGCGUCCGCCGGCGAUGGCACGCGAACCUCAAGCCGGCACGGACCUCUAGAAGCGGACUCGCCGAGCAAGGGGAGUCGUGUGGUCCAUAUAGAACUGGAGGAGGAACUGUGUGUGUGUAUAUGUAUUGUCUUAACAUUGGAUGGGAUUUGCUGCUGUUUGGCUGAGGAGGCGGACCUAUCUCGUUCUGUUUGGACACUGGAAGUACGCGCACGACUUGGCAACAACUCGCGGGGCCUGCGUGGGGAUUUGGCACUUUAUUGCUCACGGGUACUGCAAAUAUUGUCAUUUUUUUUAUUUAUUUUGCCAUAUUUUUACAGGGAUUAAGGGUGGGGUUCCUGCACACAAGCCUCUCCUAUCAUAUGGAUGAUUUAGUUGACAACUGAUAUGAUGGGGGAGCCUGCAGCGCGCAGACCUUCUCAAAGUACCUGUGGAAGAUAUUAGUUUCACGUGUGAGAGGUUUUAUAACAGCAAUGUGUGUACCCUAUACUACAAGACUGCCUUUUUUCUUUACUUCUUAAAAAUACACAUUUUGUUUUGCUGCUGCCGCUCCAUGAUUCAACAUCUUUAACGCACGGAUCUCGUCCUAUACCCACACACGUCCACUAUGUGCAACAUGCCCACGUUGCUAAAUGUGUUGCUACGUGGACUCGUCAUCUAUGCGGUACUGGGCUCCGUGGGCAGCUCGGCGGAUACUGGACAUUCAGCCACUGCAGACCCCUGCCACAUUGUCAUACCCCCGUGCAUCAGCGAGGCAGACCGCUUCAGUCUGGUGGCACUGCGCCACAUCCACAAGCAGCUGGACGAUGACAACGACGGCGGCAUCGAGGUGAAUGAAAGCGUGGAGUUUAUAAUAGAAGACAUGAAGCAGCAUCACACCAACAAGCAUAGCAACCUGCACCGUGAGGACCAGCACAUUACUGUGGAGGAGCUAUGGAAGGCCUGGAAGACCUCUGAAGUUCACAACUGGACCAUAGAGGACACAUUGCAGUGGCUGAGGGAGUCGGUGGAACUUCCCCAGUAUGAGAAGAACUUCCGGGACUUCCGUGUUACGGGCAACACAUUGCCACGAAUCGCCGCAAACGAACCAUCCUUCAUGUCCAUGCAGCUAAAAAUAUUAGACCAGCGACAUAAACAAAAACUCAACUUGAAGGCCCUCGAUGCCGUUCUAUUUGGCCCCCCGCUUCGCCCACAACACAACUGGAUGAAGGACUUUAUCCUCAUGGUUUCCAUAGUGAUCGGGGUGGGGGGUUGCUGGUUUGCCUACGUGCAGAACAAGUAUAGCAAGGUGCACAUCUCUCAAAUGAUGAAGGAUCUGGACAGCCUGCAACAUGCCGAGCAAAGCCUCCUCGACCUACAGAGUCGUUUGGAGAAAGCUCAGGAAGAAAACCGCACCGUGAUUGUGGAAAAGCAGAAUCUGGAACAGAAGAUGAGGGAUGAGAUCACAGGCGCCAAGAAGGAAGCUUACAGACUUCGGGAACUGCGAGAAGGCGCUGAAUGUGAGCUCAGCCGACUCAAAUAUGCUGAGGAGGAACUGGUCCAGGUACGGAAAGCCCUGAAGCGAGCCGAGAAGGAGAUGCACUCGGAGCGCUCGCUGCCUGAAGCACUGCAGAAGUGGCUCCAGCUCACGCACGAGGUGGAGGUUCAGUACUACAACAUCAAAAAGCAGAGUGCGGAGUUUCAGCUUUGCGUCGCCAAGGAUGAGGCGGAGAAAAUCAAGAAGAAGAGAAGUUCCGUCUUUGGGACUCUUCAUGUAGCACAUAGCUCUUCACUGGACGAGGUGGACCACAAGAUACUUGAGGCCAAGAAGUCCUUGUCCGAGGUGACGGCGUGCCUGAGGGAGCGUCUGCACCGCUGGCAGCAGAUCGAGAGGCUCUGCGGAUUCCCCGUUGUCAACAACUCAGGGCUGCCGAGUCUGACAGCCAGUCUCUACUCCGACCACAGCUGGGUAGUGAUGCCGUGCGUCUCUGCCCCACCGUACCCCAUUGCGGGCGGGGUGGAUGACCUGGACGAGGACACGCCUCCCAUCAUUCCACAGUUCACAACCACUUUGAUGCAACCCCCGCUGACGCGUAACAGCAGUCUGUGCCGCUCCCGCCGCAGCCUCCUCAGCUCUUCCUCGCUGAUGUCCCCUGAUCCCGAUCUGCUGUCCAUGGCCAGCUCGUCCCUCUCCUAUCACCUCGAGGCAGACGUCGAAAAUGUCGAUAGGAGGGGGUAUGUAGCGCGGGCCGGAAUGCCGCGGAAUGCUUUUAACGUGUGGACUCACAGGGACACCGCCCAGGAGGGCAGCUCGGACACAGACUCCUUAAACUCCUUGAUGGGCCGCAAGCCGCCGCACAACCCUUGCUUCGUGACCUCGGAGACCCCUUACCGCAAGAUCUCCCGUGAGGAGAUGCUGCUAUUCAACCAGAGCCCGGAGUUUCCCGUGUACACCACCAUCACCAGCAACAGCAGGGACUCCACACCCCCUAGUCUCCCCCCAACGCCUGCUGCUACCCCCUCGAGCCCGCCGUCCACUUCUCCUUCACCGGCCUUGGAGCAUCACAUGUUCGCAAACAGAGGCUCGCCGGACCUCACCCGCGUUUCGCCGGAGAGCCAGGUGGUCCCCCAGGGAGUCUCCACAUCAAGGAAGGGCAUGUACAACGGCAUCCUGGAGAAGUCACACAGCUUCGGCCAGCUACCUGCCAGCAUGCUGCCUGUCGUGGGCCGCUACCCGUCCCUCACCUCCCUGGACUCGGAGGGCCGGAGCGUGGGACGGGAACACAAGCUCCUGAGCACCUCCUCGCAGGACUCCAGCGACAAUGGAGAAAAAAUCAAGCGCUCCUCCUCCAAAAUUAAAAGCUUAUUUAAGAAGAAGAAAUAAGAAGAUAGCGUGGUGUGUGAGAGAGAAAUAGAAUAUAUUCUAAUAUAACAAGGACAUCAUUGUGAGCUAAUGCUAAAACAGCUCUCUUUGUCAUCAACAACAGAAUGUUGCUCAGUCUGGUCGCCUUAUUUUUCACUAAUGCCUUUUUCUUGUUUAGUCCAUUGAGAGGUCAAAUUUUUUUUUUUUCAUUCUGACCUCACAUUAUGGAGGCGUUUAUUUAUUUCGAAGCACAUGCAUGCAACGCUUGCCGUUGCAGCACACUCCUUGAUACAUGGAUUAUAUGGGUUCACUUGAUUUAUUCACCUUGGUGAAGGUUAAAAAAUGUUGCACUACUUCCUGAUAUCUUGGCAAAGAGUUGAAGGUCACAUGAGCAGCAGCAUGGUGGCUCCGGAGCCAAAAGGAUGUGCCGCCACUUUAAGGCUACAGCUCAUCUUAAUAUAUAUAUACAAUGUUUUCUUAUUAUAAGAUGUGUUCAAAGGUUUAUGGCAAUGGUGGGAGGGGCGGGGGUUUACUGAGGAUAGUCAAAUCUUGUUGGUCAUGUUCCCGGUCACCUCGCUAUUUACUUGAUUCCCUGCAUCCUGUAGCCAAGCAAAUUUACAGUGCAUCACAAAACUGGGUUCACCCAUGACAUUUCUGCAUUAUUUUUUGCAAUCAAUUUCAUUGUAUUUUGGACAUUUCACGGGACAAUACUGAAGAAAUUACACUUUGAUACAAUGCAAAGUUGUCAGUGUACAGUUUGGUGUAAAUUUAAUGUCUGCUCAAAAUAACUCCAAGCCAUUAAAGUCCAAACCGCUGAUAAAAAAAAGUGAGUACACCCCGAAUUAAACAUGUUCAAAUUGGGCCCAAUUAGGUAGGUGCACUGACAUUUGUCUUCAGUGUGUUGUUGGGUGUUGUCCCAUGAAAAGCUAUAAUAUCAGGGCUGUCAAAUACAUUCAUUAUUUAAAAAUGAAUCAGUUUUAAAAUUAAUCAUAAUUAAUCAUCACCCACAACUAUGUCUAUAAUAUGUCAAUUUUUACUGCACUUAAUGAAAAGAAUGAUAAAUGACAGGACAGGAUUGUGUAUAUUUGUAUGUAUUAACAGCUCCAAAUGAUCUGAUAUGCCUUUAUUAGUCCCACCAGGGGAAAUUUCAGAUAACACACAAGUCGAACACUUAUCUCUUUAACAGUAGCAGAACAUAUGCAUCACACAUUAAACUGUAUUAUCACGAUCAAUAGGAGGUUGUGUUCAAAGGCAUCGUGUAAUUUACGGGAAAUUUAAAGUUUCAGUGUCCUAGCAUAUUUACAUGUAGCAAAUUUUAAUUUUGAAUUAAGAGUUACGAAGUGAGAGGUAACAACAGUGAAUUUGUGUUCAAAUUCGUACAAAAUAAUGCCGUUUUUGUGAUGUUUGGAGUGUCCCUGAAUGCAUCUCCGGUUCUGUGUUGUUCCCAGGGUGAGGGACGAGAGACGUCUGUGCCUUCCUCUGCCGUCAUGUCAGAGGCGUGCUUGGUCUUGUGCACGUGUUCAUUACACAAAAAAAAUCAAAAUGUAAUUCAUGAAAUAAAUUAGGUUUUUUUUGACAGCCCUAAAUAAUUGCAGAAAUGUGAGGAGUGUACUCUCCUGCCUCUCGCCCCAAGCUAGCUAGGAUAGGCUCUAGCUUACCCGUGACCCUCACGAGGAAUAGCGGUAUAGAAAAUGGAUGACGGUGUACUCAGUUUUGUGAGGUACUGUAUAUUUACCUGUGAUGUCUUAACUUGUUCACCCCCUGAUGUAGGUCAAAUGUUCUGUAUGUAAGGACACACACUAGUGUCAGGAAGUGUGUCUGUGCUGCAACGAUGGUGUGUCUGUAUCAGACAUUUUUAUUUGCUUCAGAAAAGAAGGAUGCAAUACGGACCUCCUCUUGAUGUGAUGAUGUCAAAAGAGCUCCUGCCUCACACUGUGACUCCUCUCGUGUAGACCUUCUCACCUUCAGCGGCUGCAACCUAACUUAAUGGGUCAUGUGACCGGUAGGGGUUGUCGCUGUUUAUUAGGUGUGUGUGUGUGUGUGUGUGUGUGUGUGUGUAUGCGUGUGUUCGGACAGGAUGACAAAUCAAUGCAAGUUUUCUUAAUACAGCACACGAUGAAGGAAAAUGUAAGAGUUGCAAGGUGGGAUGACAUGUUUACGACACACAAAGGAUUUUUGACAUUUUAUGUGUGAAUAUUUGUAUACUGUAGAGGAAUUAAUAAAAAAGACAUGGAUCGCCAGUG